AUGGCAAAUGAGUUAGUGGAUUGGACAGCCAGUGAUUCAAUCAACAGCACGAACCCAAGUGAGACCCUUGGAAAGGGCCCAACAAAACCAGUGGCUACCCAAACGAAACCAAAAGCCGUGGACGACACCAUGCACCCUAAUCAUAUAGCUACCCAAAAGGAACGAAGAUUCGUGGACAACACAACAUAUCCCAUCGAGACUCUUGAAAUGGAUUCUUUUAAUCUAGACGUGUCUUUGAACGUGGCUACUCAAACGGAACCAAGAGUCGCAGACAGUAUCACAAACUCUAAUGAGACUCUCGGAAUAGACGUAGACGCGCCCAUGUAUCCUGAUGAGACUUCCGAAAUGAAACACAAGAAUAAGAAUGUAGACGAUGAGGACGUCGAUGGUGAAUCGGUUUGUAAACCUGAAAGAUCAUCUUGUGCGAAUCUAUGUGGGGCCAAGGAAGCGAGUUGGAACCAGUUACUGUGUAGUUGUGACGUCUACUGUUUGAUCUAUGACACUUGUUGUGAGGAUUUCGAACAUUUCUGCCCCGAGACAUGGCGGGAAUCCAACACGAUGUAUCCGCACCUGAUGAACCUGAAGACUCAAUGCCUCCAACAGAGUCCUGUUGGUCAUCUAGUUAUAGCCAGCUGUUCUGACAGUACCAACCUACCCGUUUCUGACCAGGUACGAAAAGAUUGUGAAGAGACCAUGCCUGAAAACCCUGUUUCCAUUGGGCAUUUCCAUUUUAAGAAUAUAAACUGUCUUCGUUGUAAUGGAUUUAACGAAACUGGUGUAACACAGUGGAGCUUGCAGUUUAUUCUUCAAACGAAGCACAGAUAUACAUGGAUGACUGGACCAAGGUUUAUAGAUGAUUUUAAAUCUCUAGAAGGAAGCCAUGCUUGGAUUCCACCAACACCGAUGCCCAAGUUGUGUAGGGCAUCUAUCGUCCACUCCUGUCCGGUCGGUACAGAUCCAGAAUUAAAGAAGAAAUGCGAAGUAUCGAAAUCCUAUGUGGUACUAGAACCAGAUGACGGUACUACUAUUUAUAGUAACCGAUAUUGUUUGGUUUGUAACCAAGAUAACGCAACCCAAUGUCGCAGUGCUUUAAAUGAUGAUUUUGAACUGGAACUGCCCUCCGAGCAGGUGUCAUUGUUCAGCUGGGAACCGUUUGAAAAUGGAGAGAAAGGGGGUAUGGUUUUGAGCCAAAUAUACAAACUGUCUUGGAAAACGAUUGAAUGCCGGGGCGAUUACACAAAUCGAUCCACAUUAAACUGUACGGUCAAUGAGUGCUUUGAUUUUCUGUUAAUGGUAGACGGAAUCUGCUCCGUGAAUAACAGAAAAGUCUGUUAUGCGCUCGAAAUGGGCUGGUGGAAUGUCACAGCAGGGAACGACGACGGGACUAACUCAGAAGCGACUGUUGCAGAAUUGACUUUGAAAGUGAGAGAUAUUUUGGAGAGUUUUAUCCAACAGGGGUACAGGUAUGCAAAAUGGAGUUACAAUUUAUUGGGAGCAUCAAUACAAUUUCAAAUUGAUACCAUAACUGGCGGAGGUCGUUUGUUGAGAGAGGAAAAUUUGAAAAUAGGUAAAUACGUUACACGGAAUCUGUCGGAGAAGGGAUACGUCGGGGAAGUGUCGGUUUGUUUUGACGCUUGCCAACGGAUCGUGUGCGAAAACGUUGAAGUCUAUAACAUACCCCAGGCAAAACAGUUAUCGUACUCGGUCUCUGUUCACUAUAGAAACACAAGAGCACCUUGGUAUCUACUUGUUCUAUAUUUGCUUAAUCUCACGAUUGGGUAA